CCUCUCUACACAACCAACAACCACCGUUUACCAAGUGAACAACAUGCCAGAGCUCAAACAGCUCGUGAUCAAAGCCCGCGCUUCACCCAGCGCAUCCCAGGCCGAACUCCAAAUCUACGCUCGGCUCCCAUCCUCACCACCCGGAACCCACAUCCCCCUCUACACCCUCUCCAACCGCUCAACCUGGCGCUCCUCCCAAACUCAAAUCCACUUCCUCAACCCGGAUGGAACUUCUUCUGAGGCGAAUGAUGCGACGGAGGUGUUGGGUGUGCCUAUGACGUCAUCGGAGGGGGAGGGUGGGAGUGAUGCUGAGACGGAGCCAAUUGGGGAAGAGGAAAGGCAAGGGGAGCAGGGAGAGGAGACGGAGUAUCAUUCUUUUGCGACGGGAGAUACGACGAUGACGAUGGGAGAGGAGAGGCCGACGACGGGUGCGCCACCGACGAGGGCGGGAGACGGUGAUCCGGAUGCGCGCACAUCGACCAAUGCUCCCUCUACUCGUCGUGCCAGUGGCUCCCCUACAUCUCCUUCAUCUCCUCCAAAGAUCAAGCGCGCUUGCUCCGGCGACAAACAGUCACCAGAGACACCUCGUCGUCCCUCCCAUGGCGGUGCCGGCGCCGAUAAACCCCGCCGCGUUCAAACCGAGGGCGCAAACAACAACGGUAGCACCCCCGGCGGAAGCCGCAUCCCCCUCCUGAAGCGUUCCUCCACCAUGGAUACCCAGAAAUCCACGGGAACGGUAAUCCACAAACCCCGUCCGCGGACCGCGUCGCCAAAGUAUGAGGCUGCGCAGGCGGAGGGCGGUGGAGAGCAGAAAACCCCGCCGCCGAGUUAUGGGUUUGCCGCAACGCAGGGGACGACUGGGCAGCAGGGUACGCCGAGUGACAGUGGUGUGAGUACCUCGCAGCCUGGGUUGGCCUAUCUGGAGGGAACUCCGGAGGCUGCGGUGGCGGGUGGGAAUACGUGGGCGAGUGUAGCGGCCGAGACGCCCGGGUUUGGAGCUCCGAUCGUUGAGAACAAACCUGCGGCCGUGUUUGCGGCUAAGACUCCGGAGCGGGAGACGCCGCCGUAUGAUGUUGGUGAGGAUGAAUCUGCGGAGAUGGAGAGGAACCUGGACCCCCAUGUUCUUGAUAUUGGUGGUGUGUUGACGCUCAAGUUCCCGGAGCACCGUGAAUUCAAGGGGGAUGUCCUCGUACAAAUCAGUGCGAAGGUACCAAUCUACCAAGCGACCCGUGGAAUGUGGCAGUGGUUCGAGCUGGACGGGUUACCGCAAGCCAAUUGUUCUGCUCGCGUCGAGUUUGAAGUCGAAGGUAGUGAUGAACAGCAGUUCAAGGCGCACCCAGCUUCGGACGAGGUCAAGGAGGGGGAGAGUACGAUUAGUGCUACCUAUGACCUCCGCUCGGCGGGACAGAGCGACAGAGCGUGGUAUGUUGAGUGGAGGGAGAGGGUCGAUGCGCUGCCCUUGGAGUACACCGGGAAGUGCGAGACCUCGACGACUCUCGAUAGUGAUAUUGAUGGUAAGUCAACUGAGACAAGAAUCUUGCAUUCCGUGUAUCUGUACUUUACGGAGGAGGAUGACGAGGCACUUCCUGAUACCGAGAAAGCGAUUGUGGAGCUCCAUGUGGAUGGGUGGACGCCUUCGCGGGGUGAACUCGUGAAGGUCGGUGAUGUGGGACACGACUGGGAGUGGACAGAGGAGGGCACCAUCAAAGUCACUCGACCUACAGACCAAGCCAUGGAUCUCCUCCAAAUCGUAUUCUCAGAGAAAACGAGGUCUCGGGCACCGAUGAAAUUGGUCGUACCGAGGGUGUACCCGGUUGUUUGCCAGGGUGUUUCGUCGCAUGUCACUGUUAUCCAACCUGGGCUUCCGCUUGAGUUCAGCCUUGAGCAGGGCCCGAAGGGGUGGGUUCGUGUUUCGAGGGGGGUUGAUACGCAUGUCGUGGCGAAGUUUGACUCCAUCUCCGAGGACCCAGCGAGGACAGAGGCGGUCAUCGUGCAGGCGACGUUCUUGACGCCCGCUGUGGUCAGUGGACUCGCGGGAUGGCUUGCGGAUGCGGAUGGAAAGUUGGCGUGUGAUUCUGUCAAAAUCACGGUUGAGGAGAGUAAGAUUACCGGGGAGAAAGCUUUGAAGUGCCGGUUUAUCAAAUUUCUUGCUACGGUAAGGUCUGAUGAGGAGCAAGAUGAGUUGUUGCAUGUCGUUGGACCGGCUGAAGGUGACUUAGUCUUUGCGCAGGUAAAUGACACCAUCGCUGGGUUAAAUGUGCUCUUCAAGGAUAAGACUGGACACGGACUGCGAGUCAAGGACUUAACAGGUGGUGCGAAGGCGCAUAGGAUUGAGUUGACAUGGCAGGUUCCGAUCGGUGUUACGGGCAAGGAGAGGUUGGAGUUGCCGUAUGUGUUGGACAGGAGCGUCAAAGAUUUUCAGGCAAACUUUGAUGUUGACAAACUGACCCGAGCUGUCUUCAGCUGCAAACACCCCUUCUCGACUCGCGAGCACAAGCUCAAGCACUCCGACUUCGACCAUGUUACGAUGCACUACCUGCCCCCAGGUACCAAGUCAGCAGUUCAGUACACCUCGCGUGAACCCGAGGUGAAGCGAACCGUGAAGAAAUGGCGCCGCUGGGGGAAGGCUUUGGGAUUGCUUACCCUGCUCACGCUGGGUACCGCAGCCUGGACUGGUCGUAACGCACUUAACGAUAUCCGGGAUGGCUUGGCCAAGGUCCAUCAUAUCCCCGAGAUCGCGCACAGGGUGGAGGAUAUCGCGCAGCAGAACAGGGCGUUGGGAGAGCAGUUGAAUACGUUGAACGCAGCGUGGUCCGAGUCUCCGAGGAUUGGUACCGAUCGGUCGAUGUGGGAGCAUCCAUCAGACCAUCCCAUUGCUGGAGAGAACCUCCAUGUGGGGUGUCCGGUUGAGGAGGUCGUUGCGAGUGUUCCUGAGGAUUACGAGGUCGUCCGGGAGGAGCUCGAGAAUAUUGGAAUUCACACCCGUGGAAGACUCGAAGUUCAGGAUGCGGAGAAGAGUCGAUUCAAGAAUGCGUUCAGUGGAUGGUUCAAUGCGAGGCCGACGGUGGUUGUAAGGGCACCUCCUUCUUACUAAUAGCAGCGUGGGAAAGGCCGGAUGUUAGACGGAUUUUGUUCUUGGUGUAUACCUAUUUAUAUCUGCUU